AUGAGUAGAGAUGAAGAAUAUGACUACCUUUUUAAAGUUGUUUUGAUUGGUGACUCCGGUGUUGGUAAGACUAAUCUUUUGAGUCGUUUCACUCGUAACGAGUUCAACUUGGAGUCAAAGAGUACUAUUGGUGUUGAGUUUGCUACCAGAAGUAUUCAAGUGGAUAAUAAGGUGAUCAAGGCUCAAAUUUGGGAUACUGCUGGUCAAGAAAGAUAUCGUGCCAUUACUAGUGCUUAUUAUCGUGGUGCUGUUGGUGCUUUAUUAGUGUAUGACAUCUCUAAGCAUUCUACCUAUGAAAGUGUUGACCGUUGGUUGAAAGAACUUCGUGAUCAUGCUGACUCCAAUAUUGUCAUCAUGCUCGUUGGUAACAAGAGUGAUUUGAGACAUUUAAGAGCUGUUCCAACUGAUGAAGCUAAGCAAUUUGCAGCUGACAAUGGCCUUUCAUUCAUCGAAACUUCCGCUUUGGAUGCCACUAACGUUGACCAAUCCUUCCAACAAAUUUUGACAGAAAUUUAUCGUAUUGUGUCCAACAAGGCUUUGGAAUCAUCCAGCAACACAAUCAAGCCAACCAGUGGUCAGACAAUCCUUGUUUCUCAAACACCUGAUGAACAAGCCAAACAAGGCGGUGGAUGCUGUUAA